UUGAAGCGAAUUAAAUUGUUGAAUGGUUCGGUUGUGUGGGUGGCUGCUCGGGUGUUUAAUUUGUUUAAACAAUUGCUGCAUUGCUGUUUUGGAUUUAAAAUUUUGAAAAAUUGUGCGCGUGAAAUAGAAAUUCGAAGCGAAACAAAAUUGAAUAAGUUGAAUGAUUUUUGAAAGAGUGACGGUGUAAACAAAAUAAAAAGAACGGAAUAUAAAAUAUAUACCGAAAGAGCAUAAUCAAAACGCAAUCAUGCGGAUCUCUUGCAAAUGUUUAAACAUUACUGCAACAUUGCCGAAAUUGCAGCGCAGUAAUAGUAUUAAUAUAUGCGGGGGAGGAUUGGACGGAGGAGCGAAUGGCGGUGACCUGGUAACAAAUUUGCACAAGGAAUUCCGGCGAUUCUGUCAGAGUACUGAAUUCCAGAACCACACUCAAUUUGCGGAUUUCUUUAACAAUGUACACGGUCCCAUUCCGGAAUUAACCAUUAAUGCAAUCAAGCUGCCCGAGCUACUCGUUGGCCUCACAUUGGACAUCGAGGUGGUGGCCACUGGUGUACAGAGUUGGCAAUUUGUCAGCUGCAUCAUUUGCAAGGAGGUUGUGUGCGCCAAGCGCUUACCGGCUGGAGCGGAUGGAGGGGUCCAGUUCAACAAUUCCUACCUCAUCAAUCGUACGCUGUUGACCAGCAACGAAGAGUUGGCCCAACGACGUGGGAGUAAAUUGUUUUCCGAAUGCUUCGGCGUUCUUAUUCUGGAGGGGCAGGGCUCCAGUGGCAUAGCCCCUUCUGCUUCCAAUCAGAGUAUUGGUUCGCUUUCGUCAAUUUUUAUGGAUGAGCGAUCGCUACGAUUGCGCCAAUUGACCACCAACCAACAGGCUCGCGUACAGGCCGAAAUUGCUAAGACGAACGAGCGGAUUGAACGUUUUACGCAAAAGGAAUUCGAGUUACUCAAUAGUUAUCGAGAGAAAUCCAAUCAGGACUAUGCGCAUCUGACGCGUCUGAUUGUGGAUUGUGCCAUGAAUGCCUCGCUUGAGGUACCCGACAAUUGGUUGGCGACUGCCACGGGAGGAACAGCUCUUGGAGGAGCAGGAGGAGGAGGUGCUGCUGCACGUGGAGGUCGACGAAACACCAUUGGAAGUCGUCGCGAUCUGAACGUACCCAUCACACCAACCACUCCAACCACCGCCGUGACACAGCCACCCAAUUUUCCGACAUUGUCGCAGCAUCAACAGCAGCUCCAGCCAUUGAUUUCUGGUGGUUCCUCUGUGUUGAGUGCACGCAAAAUGUCUAACUUUGAUACACCGCCCGCCACACCAGAAGCCACGCCCAUGAGCGUGGGUAACAGCCCCACCUUUAGGCAGCAGGCUGGGGGAAUCCCAGCUAGAAACCCUUCGGUAACCAAUACAUCGACAUUGGCAAUGGGCGGAGUCGAGGAGGCUGACGAUUGUCUAUUCGAUUUGGAAGACGUGGAGGAGACCACCACCACACCAUCCCACCCAGUGCAGACCUCCAGUUUCACCAGAGCCCACAUAUAUCAACAGCAGCAGCAAUCAUACCAGAGAUUGCAGUCCCAGCAGCUUGACAACUCCAUGGAUAAUGUGGACGAGGGAGUAGCCGCCGAUGAAGCUGAAUAUGCCGUAGAUCUUGAUAGCUCCUUGCCCAUACCGAUGCGUGGAGCUCGAUCGAUCCCAGCGCAUAUUAUGAACUUUGCCAAAAGUCUCCCUAUCGAGAUUUCCAACUCUCCGCUGGCUGAGAGGGCAAACAACAACUUUAUAGUAGAGGAUGAGGAGGUGUUGGACAACAUCGAUAUUGCGGCCAGCAUCCAGGCCCUAGCCAAGAGUGUUCAUGGCGAGGCUGUGUUCGGAGAUUUGCCACGUCCACGUCUUAGCUCUCAGAUUUAGAAAUAAGAUGAAUGUUGAUCUGUGUGGAAGGAAGAAAGGAGACACAUUGAGGAGACGAACACCAUUACGUACACAUAUAUAGAAUUCAGCUCGUAUUUUUGCAUAUUUUUGAGAAGAGAAUAUUUUCUAUCUAAACUAAAUUAGUUUGUUCGAGAGAAAAGAAAUCAUCAUGCGCCUUCAUACAUACAAUAUACAUACAUACAUACAUACAUGUCUUAUAUACCCCUUUAGAAUACCCCACACAUAAUUUGGAUAUGUAAUAAUUAUUUUUUUGUUUUCGGAUGAUCUUUCGAUUAAAAUGUGUAUUUUCUUCGUACGACAAGUGUAGUAUGGCUUUCUGUUUGGCUGUUUGCACAUUUUGAAUAAUUAACCCUGAUGAUGAUGUUAGUUUAUACAAUGAAUAAUCUAGAACAUCUAUAACUAUCUAUAUUAUAUAUAUAUAAUAACUAUGUAUCUAUAAUAAAUAUUAUAAUGGAAAAGCCAGUUGUUAAAUGGCAAAAUGAGACAAAAACACA